CUCCAGUCUGGAUUACGGCUGGUGGCCGCUGUCAGUGCGGAGAUCUCCGGGGAGAGUGAGAGCCGGACGGAGGUGAGAGCCGGACCGGGGGGGGCCACACCGAGCCAGACUCCGCACUGACCCCCUGGUUAUCCUUUUGCGAUUUCACCGUGCGUAGGAGGAAGCCGCACUCUCCGGACGAGAAGUGGCGGGGUCCCCGGCCUCCACCGCCCAGCCAUGUCCCUGGAGCAGAGAACCGUCCUACUGGAGGAAGACGAGGAGGAGGAAGAAGAAACCUCCAACAGCCCCGGAACCUGGGACGACGAUGAGGAGGACGACGACGGCGAGCCGAAAAUCUGCCGCGCCUGCGGGGACAAGGCCACCGGCUAUCACUUCAACGCCAUGACCUGCGAGGGCUGCAAAGGCUUCUUCAGGCGUGCGAUGAAGAAAAAUGUGCGUCUCAGUUGUCCUUUCCAGAACUCCUGCGUCAUUAACCAAAACAACCGACGUCACUGCCAGGCCUGCCGACUGAAGAAGUGCCUGGACAUCGGGAUGAGGAAGGAGUUGAUCAUGUCGGACGAGGCGGUGAAGAUGCGACGGGCGCUCAUUAGGAAGAAGCAGAGGUUGGUGCAGUUUCAGAGCGUGUCCCCCAAUCCCGGCCUGACGGGGGAGCAGCGAUCGCUGGUGGAGCAGCUCGCCGAAGCCCAGAAGAAGACCUUCGAUUCCAACUUCGCCCAUUUCAACAAUUUUCGGCCCGUCAGACGACACAUGAACCUCACAGACUUCUCGCAGCACUCCUCCUCCUCCUCCUCCCCCCACGUCUUUACCAUGUUACCUCAUAUCUCCGACCUCGUCACCUAUGUGAUCGAGGGAGUCAUCAGCUUCGCCAAAAUCGUCCCUCGCUUCAGGACUCUGUCGAUCGAGGAUCAGAUCGCGCUCCUGAAGGGAAGCGCACUGGAGCUGGCCAUAAUCCGAUUCAACACCCCCUUUAACCCAAAGACGUGUAGCUGGGAGUGCGGCAAGAUCACGUACAACCUCCGGGACAUGGCGCUGGCCGGAUUCCGCCAAAUCUUCCUGGAGCCGCUGAUCAGAUUUCACUGUAUGCUGAAGAAGCUCAACCUGAACAUGGAGGAAUACGCACUGAUGCAGGCCAUCUGUCUGUUCUCCUCCGAUCGCCCCGGUGUCACCGACCGAGAAAACAUUGAUCGGAUCCAGGAGCAUUUAGCACUGACACUGAUGUCGCACAUAGAGGCUGAGCGGCAAUCUCAGGAGUACAGGUUUCUGUUUGCGAAGAUCAUGGAGUGCCUGACGGAAAUGCGCACGGUGAGCGAUGAGCACAGCAGGCAGGUCCUCCACAUUUGGGACAUCCAGCCGGGCUACACGCCUCUCCUGCUGGAAGUCUUCAGCAAAGUGAACGAUGAAUGACGAACACCCUCCCGUUGCGUAUUUUUUGGGGGGACAGGUUAGGAACCGGUGCAAGUAAAGCUACUUGGUUACCUGAGACACUAAAUGUCCCUCCUAAGACUGAUGCUGCUCCCUUCCGAAAACAAAACGGGUAACGGAAACUCUACUGAAUAUGAAUCCACAUCCUCCUUCUCCAAUUGUUCACCUUUUGUUACUGUUGUGAACACUACAUGGACCAGCAACUCUAACCUCAGGACAAUCUCUUAUCAGGGAAACAGAAUGUGCCAAUCGCAAGAUGCUGGAUCUACGGGAACCGUCCAUGGUCAUCUCAUGGCCUGUAAUCUACUGGCUUCUCUGGUGGCAUCAGCCAAGACAGAAGAUAAGCUACAACCACCUGCCCAUAAUGUGACAUGAACCACAGGGGGGCGCCGAUGAGGGAGGUACAGGCUGUACUACUGUAUAGGGUCUGAGCCCCAUCUGAUCAUUAGAAAUGCCCAGCAGGGCUUGUGGGCAGCAGGCCCUGUCAGGCUGUAUGGGACCCCAUGAUUUCUAAUGUUGGCCCUGGGGCACAAUGUGAUGGGGCAUGAUGGGAACCAUCCAUGGUCAUCUCAUGGCCUGUAAUCUACUGGCUUCUCUGGUGACAUUAGCCAAGACAGAAGAUAAGCUACAACCACCUGCCCAUAAUGUGAGGUUAGGGUCAGCAUUAGGGUUGGAAAGAUGGGCAUUAAGAAACGGGGAUCCAAACCCCAACGCUGACCCUAACCUGACCCCAAAGCUGACCCUAAGCUUAAUUGUAAUGCAGAUCAUAAUUUUUAUUCCAACACUGACCUUAACCUUGACUCCGAAGCUGACCCCAGUGUUAACCGUAACCUUAUUACCAAAGAUGCUCCUAACCUUUUGGUACCAUGGUCUUUAAAUUGCUCCUGAGGUUUACAGAAGAUAUUUUACCCAUAAUGGACCUGUUGCAUUAGAAAAGGGCCCUCAUUAGCUAGGAAGAUGAUUGAUAUUGAGAAACGUGGGCAUUCAAACCCUAACCCCGACCCCCAACCUUGACCCCGGAGCUGACCCCCAAGCUGUAAUGCCGUGUGCGCGGCUCGCACCGAUUUUAUAUAGGCCUCUUAUGACGUCACAGUCCCAUCAUGCUCCGGGUGCAUGUGGUCUGGCACUGUUAAGGAGUAAUUUAAAGACCAUGGUACCAAAAGGUUAGGAGCAUCAUUGGAAUUAAGGUUGGGGUUAGACAUGUGCACUGCCAAAAAAUUCAUUUUUUUUCGUUAUUUUCUUUUUUUUUUUUCUUUUUUUCGGAAA